AUGGUGAUAGUGCGUAAGCAAGAGAUCAUAAAGAUAACAGAGCAGCUGAUAGAAGCCAUCAACAAUGGAGAUUUUGAGGCUUAUACAAAAAUCUGUGAUCCUGGCUUGACCUCAUUUGAACCUGAAGCACUGGGGAACCUGGUUGAAGGAAUGGAUUUCCAUAAGUUUUACUUUGAGAACUUACUGUCGAAGAACAGCAAGCCAAUACACACCACCAUCCUGAACCCACACGUCCACGUCAUUGGCGAAGAUGCUGCCUGCAUCGCGUACAUCCGCCUGACACAGUACAUCGAUGGCCAAGGCCGGCCCCGCACCACGCAGUCUGAAGAGACCCGCGUCUGGCACCGCCGAGAUGGCAAGUGGCUCAAUGUCCACUACCACUGCUCUGGAGCUCCUGCAGCACCUCUCCAGUGAGGAUCAAAUACGGCAACUUGUGGAGAUACUCAGCUGGAGGGCAAUAUCUUCUUAGCAAGCAGCUCUGGAGUGCCUGAGUAACAGCAAUGGUCAUGUCUGUUUUGACAUUAAAAAAAAAAUAAAUACAAAUUACAAACAGGCAGCAGCCAAAUGCACGAAACCCUGCAUGCAUCUGAUGCUCCGGGCGCUGCCUUUCUGUUGUUUUCCAUGGAUCCAUCGUGUCUGUUUCUGCUGUACGAAGGUGUU